AUGGCGGACCUAAACCUUGGAACCAAGAAGACAAUAUCCCCAACAAGCCCAAUGAAGACAGCAUCACCAACCAGCCCGAAGAAGACUUCUUGGUUGAGCAAACUCAGGCACGCAUCAAGGAACCAAGAGGGUACAGUCUUGCACGCAGUGCCACCUCGUGUGGCUGCGCGCCACAUGUCGGCUCUGGACAUUGCUAUGGCUGUCUCACCGAAUGAGGAAAUCCUCCAAGCUAUUGGAAAACAGAAUUCGGUCAACACAGAUUCUGCUGCUUCUCCAUUCGACAACUGUAUACUAGGGUCUGGCAGUCCAUCGCAAGGAGCUUUUGAUAGCAGAAUUGGAGUCUGGCGUGAUGGUGUCGCUUUAUGGGACGUGGAGACGAGGACCAAGCAGAAUUCAGAGACAAUACUUCAGGUCCCGCUUACUAAGUCGUUGCCGACCAAGGCAGAUAGAGCAUCCCGACCUCGACUAUCCGUAAGGAUUCCAGGUAGUAAAUUACGACAGAUAUUGGGAGAGGAAGCACCUGUACCACCUCAGCCAUUCAAGCGUGCUCGAAUCAGCCCUACCACGAACACUUCUCGAAGUUCAUCGACAUUGCAGACCACCAGCUUAGACCAAAGCUCCAUCCACCCAGCUUUCCGUACGCCGAGUUCCGAGGUGGAAACUCAAAGAAGCGAGGUCAGAUCUGUGUCAGGUCGCGAAAACAGUAGAUCUUCAGUCUCGAGCAACACAGUUUUCCAAGAUGACAUAUUCGACAUCGUCUCCUGCUACAGCAGACACUCGUCGAUGACAAGUGUGGAAGCAGAGUCGCCUAAGGGGGUUUUGCAGAGUUCACACUGGAACUACCUGGAUGUGCCCAAGCGAUCUGCAAGUGCCGCUUUCUCUAUCACUGAUCCUGUCAAGGCGGGUAUCUUUGAUGAUGCAACAGCAGGUGGCAAUGCCCCUUGUGCUACUUCUAGGUCCCAGUACCUCCAGGUUGCCAUUCACCCGAGUCAUCGUGCUCCGAGUCCUACUCUGAGCGAAGCUGUUUAUGAUCUGCAGAAGCAGCUGAGUACGAUUACCGAAGGACUACCAGCAACACCGACAGACGAUGCUGCUACUCGCAAGACACCCGACUACCAUCCCGCCACCGAAAGCAUUACUCGGGCUCCCACUCUGCCUAAGAAGUCUCGUAAACGCCAGUGGCUCCAGCCUGCUAAGCCAGCUCAGACCCAAUCCAUGCCUACAGAAACAGGCGCACCCGUACGUUGCCAGUCGGUACCACAUCGGAAGCAACAAGGCUCUUGCGACACCAGCGACGAUGUGCGCAGAGUCUCUAGCGUACGAUACUCAUUGGCUGAUGUUGGGUCUAUGUGGCUGUCUUGGAGUGCCUCAUCCUCAAAAUCAUCUCCGGCUCUGGCGUUCGAACAAGAAGCUGUGUUCUCGAGAAUUAUGGCUCACGCGGCAUCUUUCGAGGAUCUGAAAUCUUUAUCAACAGUCAACAAAUCCACAAGAAGAUUCUUGGAGGACAACAAACUAAGACUAUUCAAGUCAGUGCUCUUCAAUGCGUCGCCACCAGCCUGGGAACUGAGGGAGCUCUCGCCCUUUCCCUUCGGUAAUUUCAUGCCGACAGACUUUCUUGAGAGUACGGAGAUAUCCCCUUCAGCCUACAUGUCAUGUAUCGCUCAUGAUCGUGCGACUGUUCAAGAACUGAAGGCAGUCAUUGCUUCAAGGUGUCAGUCAUUUAUUCGCCCUGAGACCAUAUCUAGUCUCAUGACUGAAGGAUCUUCAAGAUUUGAAGACGCGAUUUACCGUAUAUGGUCCUUCUGCAAGAUGUUCGGCUGCGAUAGGGGGCGGGAGAAUGAUCUCAAAGGCCAGACCGACUGGCUUAAGGGCGGUAUACUGGCACACCAGAAAGGUUGUGCUGCCACUCUGACCUUCAGUCCGGAAUUCGAGAUUGACGGGAUCUUGCUCAAUGCUCCAGAUCACUUCGCAGCUGGCAAUGGUCAUGGGUUAUCUGCCGAACAGCUCUAUGACAUGUCAGAGAUGUGGGAAUGUCUUCACGCUAUGCUGCAACCUUACGAAGAGGCGACAAGUAAAGCACAAAGCUGUGGCAUUUUCCGUCAUACAGGUGAAGAUUUCACAGAUCCAAUUGUGCAAGGUCGUGUUAUCGGGGAAUGGAUAGCUUACAUCUUGUCUCUCGGGCCAUCGGUCGUCCUAGAGCUCGCAAGAUUCGACGACACGAGUGCCGGACUGGACUUUGCUCAGCUGAACGACUGGACUGACUGGACACCUCCGCAAUCUGGUAUGACUCGUCGACGAUUCUUCCGAGAACCCGUUUCGCAGCUUUACGAAGAACAACUUCUUGCUUCUACGGCUGGUACGCAGAUAAAGGAUGUCAAUAAGACGUUGCUUCGGAAGCGUCAAACAGCCGAGAUGAAUCUUGCUUACCGACAAAUGUCUCUGAGCAACAGGAAAAGUGGAGGCCAACCAUGUGCGUUGAGCCGCCACGACAGUGCACUCGCACCAGAAGUACACAAAAGACCUAUCUCAAAUAGAUCUUCGACACCCACAUCCCCCAGAUCUCCUUCCUCGGAUCUUGCAGAUGGUCGCAGAGUGCAACCCGGGUCUUGGUCACCCAGGAGAGUGAGCCCAAUCAUUGAAGACAGAGUCGACACUUUCAACAGAUUGAGCAUGCUGAGCUUUGAGGGCUUAGCGGAGGACACAAGUGUACUGGCCAUCAACAAGAUUAUGGAUAUCGGGUUUUCGAAUGCACAAGCAAAGGAAGCACUACGGAUCACGGAUAUGGGUAGUGGUUUGAGAGUGGAUCGGGCUGUAGACUGGCUGUUGAGGCAAAAUCGUUUCUAG